CAAGUGCCUGAUUCCGUCACUUCCUUUUCCAGAAGAACGUGUUGAAGAUGGCGGCGGAGAAGUCGGUACCGAGUGAUCUUUUCAAAUGCGUGUACUCGUUUCUGGUGGAGAACAAGUUCACCAAGGCGGCUCAGGAGUUCUUGAAACAGACUAAAGUGGCUCCGCAAGAUCAGAAUGAAGAGAGACUCGUCAAUAUCUACAACUUCUGGGUGAAAUCUCCCGAAGCCAAAAAACGAAAGGCGCCUCCAAACUGGACUGGUCCAUCAGCCAAGAAGGCAAAAGCCAGCACUGAGAGCUCCAGCAGUGAAGAGUCAAGCAGUGAGGAUGAAGAGGCUGGUGCAAAACAAACUAAAGCAGCUCCUGCAGCAGCCAAAAAGGGGCCUGCUAAAGCAGCAGCUACUAAAGCUGCAUCCAGCAGCAGUGAAGACUCUAGUGACUCUGAGGAGGACAAAGCUCCUGCAAAGCCUGCUGCAAAGCCUGCUGCAAAGCCUGCUGCAAAGGCACCUGUGAAACAACCUCCUGCUGCUGCAGGUAGCACAAGGAAAAAGGACAGCAGCUCCAGCAGUGAAGAGUCUGACUCUGAGGAAGAACAAACCGCCAAAGCUCCUGCACAAAAACCUAAAGCUGGUGCAGUCACAACACCCAAAGCAGGUGUUCCUGCCAAAGGUGCAGCUCAAAAGAAGCAGGAGAGCAGCAGCAGCGAAGACAGCUCCUCAGAUUCUGAAGAUGAGAAGCCAGCCAAGGCUCCAGUCAAACCGGCUCCAGCCAAACCAACCCCAGUAAAUAAAGCUGCUACUGAGUCAAGCAGUGAAGACUCUUCAUCAGAGGAUGAGGCUCCUCCCAGCAAAAAACCCAAAGCAGGAGCAUACAGUGCUGUACCACCUCCUGCUUCAAUCCAGAAAGCUCCUGCUGCACCAGCAGCAAGCAAGGCCCAGGACAGCGACUCUUCAGACAGCAGUGAUGACAGCAGUGAUGACGACAAAAAGGUGGCAGCAAAACCAGCCCCUGUAAAGUCGCCUGCAGCCAAACCUGGAGCAUCCAAACCCGCUGCAAAGAAGCAGGAGUCCAGCUCAGAGAGCUCUGAUUCCAGCUCAGAAGAGGAGACGGCCAAGAAGCCUGCAGGUAAAGCAGCCCCAGUCAAACCUUCUCCAGCUAAAGAGGUGAAGAAACCGGCAACAAAAGUGACUCCUGCUAAAGCGGCUCUUGCUAAGUCCGCUAAAGACGAAUCCUCAGAGGAGGACUCCAGUUCAGAGGAGGAGGAGGCAGCAAAGAAGCCCCCAGCUAAAGCUGCACCUGCCAAGACUACUCCAGCUCAGAAAGACGAGUCCUCGAGCUCAGAUUCAGAUAGCAGCUCUGAAGAUGAGGCCCCAGCAAAACCUUCCACAAAAACUGCAACCCCAUCCACAGUUUCUGGAGCAUCUAAGCCCCAAGCCAAGGCAGCAGAGACCAGCUCUGAUUCGGAGGACUCCUCUGAGGAUGAGGAAGAGCCGGUGAAAGCCAAGCCUGCUGCUAAAACGGCUACACCAACUUCAAAGCCUGCAGCUAAGCCUGCAGCAAAGCCCCCUGCAGCAGCAGAGAGCAGUUCAGAGUCUGACUCUUCGUCUGAAGAUGAAGAAGAGCCUGCUAAGACUAAACCAGCAGCAGCUAAGCCAGCUUCAAAGAGUUCCACCCCUGCAGCUAAGCCCGCUGCAGCAGCAGAAAGCAGCUCUGAUUCAGACUCAUCAUCAGAAGAUGAAGAACCGGCCAAGGCCAAGCCAACAGCAGCUAAGCCUGCAAAGCCAACAGCAGCUAAGCCUGCAGCGCCAGCUUCAAAGAAGGCUACUCCAGUAGCAAAGGCUACUCCUGCAGCAGAGAGCAGCUCUGACUCUGAUUCCUCCUCUGAAGAUGAAGAGCAGCCAGCCAAGGCUAAACCUGCAGCAGCUAAAGCUGCUACUCCAGCCUCAAAGCCUGCUACACCUGCAGGAAAGGCUGCUAAACCUGCAGGAAAGCCUGCCCCAAAAGAGAGUAGCUCAGAGUCCUCUUCUGAGGAUGAUGAAGAGCCAGCUAAGACCAAGGCAACAGCAGCUAAGCCUGCUACGCCCGCUUCAAAGCCCGCUACUCCUGCAGCUAAGACUGCUGCUGCAGAAGAAAGCAGCUCUGACUCUGACAGCUCAGACUCAGAGGAUGAGGCAGCUAAGAAACAAGCUCCAGCUGCAGCCAAGAAGCCUGCCCCUGCAGCUGCGAGAACAACAAAGGCAGCGCCUGCAGUCAAAAAGGCAAAAAAAGCUGAGGAGAGCAGCUCUGAUUCCUCAGAUAGCUCUGAUUCAGAGACAGAGACCCCCGUGACUAAGCCUACAGUUGCCAACGGCAAGGCAGCAACUCCCAAGACGGCGGCAGCAUCAGUGAAGGUUGCAGCAAAGCCAGCAGAGUCGUCAUCCAGCGACAGCAGCUCUGAGGAGAGUUCAUCAGAUGAGGCUGAAGUGCCACGUAAAGCAGCCACUGCACCCAACACCCCAAAAAACAGUACUAAUGGAAAAAGAAAAAAGGAUGAGGAAUCAUCAGAAAGCGAAGAGGAAGAAACAGAUUUAAAAACACCAAAAAAUAAGAAGGCCACAACCACACCACAGACUUUCCCUAAAGUCAAUAAGAAGUCUUCCAACGUACCCUUCCGUAGAAUAAAAGAGGACGAAGUAAAUGUGGACCCGCGCCUUGCAGACAAUUCGUUUGAUGCAAAGAUGGGAGCCAAUGGAGACUGGGGCCAGAAAGCUAACGAUGUGCUCAGGUUCACAAAAGGCAAAUCAUUCCGCCACGAAAAAACAAAGAAGAAGAGAGGAAGCUACCGCGGGGGAGCCAUCUCCACUUCAGUCAACUCCAUUAAGUUUGACAGCGAGUGAGAAAGUCCUCAAUCUCCCAUUUCAACUGUACUGUACGGGACAGAUCAGGAAUACAAGUUGUCUGCCCAAACCACCCUCCUGUAAACAGUCUCUCCAGCAGUAGCAGCAGCAGCACACUAACAGAAAAUGGUCCAUCACACUGAACUGGCCCUUUGAUUUAACUUGGCUUUAGUCUGUAAUGGAGAUUACAUUUAGCAGAGCUGUGGCAGCAGGGAAAUGUGCUCCCAACUGUGACAUUACUUAUAGCCACUAGGUGGCUGCAGCCACUGGCUAAUGGAGAAAAUGUUUGGCUCUUUCUGCUUGUUUUUCACAACCUUCUUUCUUCUUAAGUGAUGAAUGUUUGUAACAUUAAUCAAUCUUCUUGUCUAGGUAUGAUCAAAAGCAACCCAUCUAUAUGUGUUCUUCAUUUUGGGUUAAAAUUUGUUUUUUGUUUAAUAGACUUCAUGGAUUCUUGAUGUUUCUCUUUUCUUUUUUUUGGUCCACAUUUAAAUGUGAAGAGUUUUGGGGCUUUUUCUUAACAUCACAAGAAAACCUAUCAAGUAGAAGUUUUAUACUGUAUUUAUUAUGUUUUAUUCAUCUUGAAUCUUUAAGGGCCUCUCAAGGUCUUUUCUCUGUUCAAGGAUGUUUUUCUUUGGAUCCUUUCCCUCUGUUAGGAUGUCCUAUAAGUCCCUCCCUGUACUGUUCAGUGGUAUUAAGUAUGUAAUUCGAACAUAAAGCCAUGCUUGUUUCAGUUA